AUGGUUAAAUUCUCUAUCCCACCUGGGAGAGAAAAUCAAUUUAAAAAGAUUGGUGUCUUCAUCAUCGCCAUCUUAACAAUCUUCAUUAUUUUCCAUGGUGCAUCUUCAUCAAGUGAUAGUUCCGGAUCCACAAGACGUUCCAUGAAACAAGUUAGUACUUCUGUCAAGGGACAAAAUGGAUACAAAUAUGAAAAAGUUUCAUAUCCAAAAUAUACUGGUCCAAAAGUGAAAGCUACUUUUGUCACCUUAGCUCGUAAUAGUGAUUUAUAUUCUCUCUUAGAAUCCAUCAAAUCUGUCGAAGAUAGAUUCAAUCAUAAAUUUCAAUACGAUUGGGUCUUUUUAAAUGAUGAAGAAUUUUCUGAUGAAUUUAAAAAUGUUACCACUGCAAUGGUUAGUGGUACCACUAAAUAUGGUCUCGUUCCUGCUGAACAUUGGUCUUUCCCACCUUGGAUUGAUCAAGAGAGAGCUGCUAAAGUUAGAGAUGAAAUGCGUGCAAAGAAGAUUAUUUAUGGUGAUUCUAUUUCAUAUAGGCAUAUGUGUAGAUUUGAAAGUGGGUUUUUCUAUAGACAUCCAUUAAUGGAUGAUUAUGAUUGGUAUUGGAGAGUGGAACCUGAUAUUAAAUUACAUUGUGAUAUUGAUUAUGAUAUCUUCAAAUUUAUGGCUGAUAACGGUAAGAAAUAUGGGUUUACUAUUAGUAUUCAUGAAUAUAUGGACACUAUUCCAACUUUAUGGGAUACCACAAAGGAAUUCAUGAAGAGACAUCCAGAACAUGUUCAUAAGAACAAUAUGAUGAAUUUUGUUAGUGAUGAUAAUGGUGAAUCUUAUAAUUCAUGUCAUUUCUGGUCUAAUUUUGAAAUUGCCUCAUUAGAUUUUUGGAGAGGCCCUGCUUACACGGAAUAUUUUGAUUAUUUGGAUAAAGCAGGUGGAUUCUUUUAUGAAAGAUGGGGAGAUGCUCCUGUACAUUCCAUUGCUGCUGCAUUAUUCUUGGAUCGUAAUGAAAUUCAUCAUUUUGGUGAUUUAGGUUAUUUCCAUGCACCAUUCCAUCAAUGUCCACUAGAUGAUUCCAUUAGAUUAGGUAAUAAAUGUGAUUGUGAUCCAAAGGAAGAUUUCACAUGGAAUGGGUUUUCAUGUGGUGUCAAAUAUUAUUCCGUUAAUCAUUUGAAGAAACCUGCUGGAUGGCAAGAACAUGCUUAG